AUGAUUUCGGCGGGUGGAGCUUCCGAGGUCAAGGUGUCGUUUGUGAUGCCGUUGCUGUUGUGCACCUUUCUCAUCGUUUCCAUGCAGCUGGGCUUCGCGAUGCUGGAAGUGGGUUGUGUCAGGCAAGAGCACCGCAUGACGGUCCUGGCCAAGAAUCUCUUGGACACAAUGGUUUCCAGCCUGUCCUUCUUUGUGGCCUGUGAGCUCGUCCAGCCCAGCAUUGUGCAGCAGAACGGCGUGACUGAAAGUCACUUGCUCCUGUUGCACUGGGCCUUUUUGUCCACCAGUGUCACAAUUUGCUCGGGUUCCAUGGCGGAACGUACACAUCUCCUGGCAUACCUAUGCUAUGCUGUGGUGAUGUCAGGGCUGGUUUAUCCAAUUCUGGCUGACAGUGUGUGGGGCAAUGGACGUGGGCUCUUACACGAGCACUUUCACUCUGUCAUUAGCGGACACAGCUACUAUGACUAUGCAGGGGGCGGAGUGGUGCAUCUAGCUGGAGGGAUUGCAGCUCUGGCCGGAAAUCUUCUGCUGGGGCGGCGAAUCUUGCGGCCGCCGGCGAAGGACUUUUGCCCAUCCAAUGCGGAGAAUGCCGGCAACGAUGGCGCCGAACAACUGAAGGAAGCUUUGCAAGAGACCUGGCAACGGCGUUUCGAUUGUACAGAGGAUGAUGAGAAGGAGUUCCGUCCCAACAGCUAUUUGCAGGUAAUGGGCGUGUUGAACCUGUGGGUUGGCUGUUAUGGCUUCAAUGCGAGCCCUGCAUUCGCUCGAAACGAUCCAAGCAGCGUUCACUCCGCAGCCUUGAGUGCGUGGAAUACUACGUUGGCAGCAGCUGCGGGCGCUUCGGGCGCUUUCCUACAUUUGCAUUUUUUUCACCAGAACAUCGACAUGGGCUUCUUGUACAACGGGGUGCUGUCUGGAUUGGUAUGCUUGACCGGAGCGUGUGAUAUCAUUGCCCCAGCUGGGGCUGUCCUUUUGGGCUUCCUGGCGGGCUUUGUCGUGUAUCCCUUAGGUCGAGCUGCCUUGCGGCGGAUCCGCGUGGACGAUCCAGCAGAUGCGAUCCCAGUUCAUGCCGGCAAUGCCGUGUUUGGCCUCAUCGCGGUCGCAUUCUGUCAUCCUCCCUGCGAGUCGUCUGGGCACCCCUUUUGCGGCGCCGAGCAUCGUGUGGGAAGCCAACUUGUGGUGCAACUCUAUGGGGUGGGCACCAUCAUUUUGUGGACCUUUGUGGUGGUCUUUCCCGUUUGGGCAAUCUUUGUCUUGUCAGAGAGUAUCUUCUCUCUUGAGCUGGAGCAGCUUGCAAAGACCUACGAGCAGGCAUACGUCGAUGCAGAAGCGGCCGAGGCUUUGGAGGCGGGCUUUUGGGCGAGCGCGGCGCGCAGCUCCCGCAUCACGCGGCACCUGUUGCGUCAACAUGGCUGGAAAUGGGCUGGUGCGCCGUUCAAAGAUAUAAAGGACGCACAAGACUUUCGGCAAGACAUCCUGGAAGCCAUCCACAGCAGCAAGACGGCAUUAGAAAUGGACUUUUUCCUGGUUCGACGACUGCACAGCAUGGCUCGAUGUUUGGCGCAGUGCCGUGGUUUCCGUGAGCUGGCUUGGCUCCGGCUCCGCAUCGCACCCUUUGCGGAGCUUUCGGGCUUGGGGGCCAUGGCUGCCGGGAAAGAGGUGGCUGAAGUUGUUCAAGAAGUAUUGAAGGUGGUGACAGAUCUGCAGGACACAAGCUCUAAGAACAUGCCAUUGGAACUCCAGCUUGAUCAGCUCUCGCGGCAAGUGCAGAAUCAAGGUCUUUUGCUGCAACGCUUGACACGGAGCAAGCGCUUUGCCGGCGGUAUUGGAGGCUGCCAGCCUCGACUCGCGAGCGUCUCAGAGGAGGCGGUGCGCGCCGCCGCGCAGGGCGAGCAAGCGCCGGCGCCGGAGGCGCUGGAGGCGCCUGAGGCCCGGCCGCCGAUUCCCACGCUGCCCAUCACCACGUCAACGCGAGGGCGGCAGCUCCACCGCGAGGAGCACGGUGAUUUGUCCAUGCUCCACGCGCGGAGCUCGACCCCGGAAGAUCGACCCCUCCGAGAAAACACUGAGAGAUCCAUCAAGUCUGCGACGACCAUCUCCGACAAGUCAAUGGGACUCAUCACUCCGCGCUCAGAGGGUGAUGAAACGCCUCCGCCCAUGGUUUAUGGUCAUCGGCACCACCACAGAAACGGCGCGGUGGCGGUGAUGGCGAACCAGCUGGCCAACCUACUGCAGGCCCAGCAGCGCUUUAGUGCCACACUUCCGGACAUACCACGUCAGGAGGACUUCCACAGGCAGGACCUCAAAACAUCGAGCAAUGCACAGCUUGAUGCCAUUGGUUUUUGUUUGCUGAGAUGGUUUGAGUUUGAUGAGCACUUGUCACCAUUUGCACCACACAUCGCGGAUCCAAAUGCUUUGUCGAGGCAGCUUCUUUUGGCCUUGGAACAUGACUCGCGUCCAGGGUCAAACCGCUUCUUGGACUGGACUGGGAUGUGA